AAGCAGAGAUUACUCCUAAGGGAAAGACAAGCAGAUUAUCCCAGAAACAGACACUGCUACAUGUUCUUCAUAAAUUACCACCCUCAUAAAGGUAAACCAAGAAGGUUAUCCUCAAUCAGUGGGUAUCAAUAUUUAAUUAUUUUUCACUUUUCUGUUACUUUUUAAUGGGAUUUGAGGUUGUUCUGUGACUGUUAUCAGAAUUACCAAUGCACAAAAGCCAGAAUGUAUUUGGAAAUUAGAAGAGCUAUUUUUGUUUUUUGGAUUUUCCUCCAAGUUCAAGGAACCAAAGAUAUCUCCAUUAAAAUAUACCAUUCUGAAACUAAAGACAUAGACAAUGCCCCAAGAAAUGAAACAACUGAAAGUAUCGAAAAAAUGUACAAAAUGUCAACUCUGAGACGAAUAUUCGAUUUGGCAAAGCAUCGAACAAAAAGAUCCGCAUUUUUCCCAACCGGGGUUAAAGUCUGUCCACAGGAGUCCAUGAAACAGAUUUUAGCCAGUCUUCAAGCUUAUUAUAGAUUGAGAGUGUGUCAGGAAGCAGUAUGGGAAGCCUAUCGGAUCUUUCUGGAUCGCAUCCCUGACACGGGGGAAUAUCAGGACUGGGUCAGCAUCUGCCAGCAGGAGACCUUCUGCCUCUUUGACAUUGGAAAAAACUUUAGUAAUUCCCAGGAGCACCUGGAUCUUCUCCAGCAGAGAAUAAAAGAAAGAAGUUUCCCUGAGAGAAAAGAUGAAAUAUCCACAGAGAAGACAUUGGGAGAGGCUGGUGAAACCAUUGUGGUUUCAACAGAUGUUGCCAACGUCUCACUUGGGCCAUUCCCUCUCACUCCUGAUGAUGCACUCCUAAAUGAAAUUCUCGAUCGUACGCUCAACGACACCAAGAUGCCUACAACAGAAAGAGAAACAGAAAGUGUUUCUGAGGAGCAGAAAGUGGAGCUCAGCAUCUCUCUGGUAAACCAGAGGUUCAAGGCAGAGCUUGCUGACUCCCAGUCCCCAUAUUACCAGGAGCUAGCAGGAAAGUCCCAACUUCAGAUGCAAAAGGUAUUCAAGAAACUUCCAGGAUUCAAAAAAAUCCAUGUGUUAGGAUUUAGACCAAAGAAAGAAAAAGAUGGCUCAAGCUCCACAGAGAUGCAACUUACGGCCAUCUUUAAGAGACACAGUGCAGAAGCAAAAAGCCCUGCAAGUGACCUCCUGUCUUUUGAUUCCAACAAAAUUGAAAGUGAGGAAAUCCAUCAUGGGACCAUGGAGGAGGACAAGCAACCAGAAAUCUAUCUCACAGCUACAGAUCUCAAAAGGCUGAUCAGCAAAGCACUAGAGGAAGAACAGUCCUUGGAUGUGGGGACAAUUCAGUUCACUGAUGAAAUUGCGGGAUCACUGCCAGCCUUUGGUCCUGACACCCAAUCAGAGCUGCCCACAUCUUUUGCUGAGAUAUCAGAGGAUGCUACUUUGAGUCCAGAACUUCCUCUUGUUGAACCCCAGCUUGAAAUAGUGGAUGGCGCAGAGCAUGGUCUACCUGAUACUUCUUGGUCUCCACCUGCUAUGGCGUCUGCCUCUUUAUCAGAAACUCCACCUUUCUUUACGGCAUCAGGCAUCUUCUCUCUAACUGAUCAAGGCACUACAGAUAUAAUGGCCAUUGACCAGACAAUGCUCGUACCAGGGCUCAUCAUAGCCACCAGUGAUUAUUCUCCAAUCAGCCACCUGGCUCUGGGAAUUUCACAUCCACCUGCAUCUCCAGAUGACAGCAGGUCAAGUACAGGUGGUGAAGAUAUGGUCAGAGACCUAGAUGAAAUGGAUCUGUCUGACACUCCUGCCCCAUCUGAGGUACCAGAACUCAGUGAAUAUGUUUCUACCUCAGAUCAUUUCUUGGAGGAUACCACUCCUGUCUCAGCUUUACAGUAUAUCACCACUAGUUCUAUGACUAUUGCCCCCAAGGGCCGAGAGCUGGUAGUGUUCUUCAGUCUGCGAGUUGCUAACAUGGCCUUCUCCAACGACCUGUUCAACAAGAGCUCUCUGGAGUACAGAGCUCUGGAGCAACAAUUCACACAGCUGCUGGUUCCAUAUCUACGAUCCAAUCUUACAGGAUUUAAGCAACUUGAAAUACUUAACUUCAGAAAUGGGAGUGUGAUUGUGAAUAGCAAAAUGAAGUUUGCUAAGUCGGUGCCGUAUAACCUCACCAAGGCCGUGCAUGGGGUCUUAGAGGAUUUUCGUUCUGCUGCUGCCCAACAGCUCGAUCUGGAAAUAGACAGCUACUCUCUCAACAUUGAACCAGCUGAUCAAGCAGAUCCCUGCAAGUUCCUGGCCUGCGGCGAAUUUGCCCAGUGUGUAAAGAACGAGUGGACUGAGGAAGCAGAGUGUCGCUGCAAAGCAGGAUAUGAGAGCCAGGGGGCGCUGGACGGUCUAAACCCUGGCCUCUGUGGCCCUGGCACAAAGGAGUGUGAGGUCCUGCAGGGAAAGGGAGCUCCAUGCAGGUUGCCAGAUCACUCUGAAAAUCAAGCAUACAAAACUAGUGUUAAAAAGUUCCAAAAUCAACAAAAUAACAAGGUAAUCAGUAAAAGAAAUUCUGAAUUACUGCCCAUAGAAUACGAAGAAUUUAACCAUCAAGAUUGGGAAGGAAAUUAAGAACUGAAGAUUACCAUUUAGGCUGUCUCAAAGGAGAUGAUUUGCUUUCUCAAGGAAAGCAGAGGCAGGUAUAUUCACUGGUCAUCAAAAUCCAGGCAUAUAGUCAACACUGAGAAUCGGCACACACCAUAUUUCAAGUAUAGAAGAGUUAUGUAAUUGAAGACCAAUAAAUUCUGAAGCAAAAGACACUUAUUAAUUAAAACCCAAAAUGCAAUCAGUGAAAUAUAUUUUUACUAUUCUUGGAUGAUAGUCAACCAGGUUUGCUUCCAGCUUCCCUGAAAAUAUUACAGAUCAUUUGCAACAAGCACAGCUUACUUACUAUUUGCAGACUGAACAAUUUAUUGAGAAGCAAACUCUUUAUAUGCUAGAAUGUACAUUUAAAAGAUGACUACUUAUGCAGGGAGAUGCAGGUUCUCUCUAAAUGCAUGAAUGUAUGUAGUGCAUAAGCACUGUAGUAAGAGUAUAUGUGCUCCAGACUACAAUGUCUGAUAAUCACAAACUUCACUAUUCAGUUAUUAAGCACAUUAGUUUUAUAUGCAACCACUGCUUACAUAGUAGACUGUUUUGUUGCCAAUAAUCUUUGAAUUGUUCUUUAAAAGAAACUGAGGUUCAGAUAUACAUAUCAUGGAAAAUCUUACUUGUUACUACAAACAGCUAUUUUAAAGAAGAUGCUAUACUGGGAGAAGGGUGAAGUUGUACUAUAUGGCAUCAUCAAUUCUUCCAUCACAGAUAAACAAUGUUUUCCUAAAAUAACUUCAUUGAAUACUUCAUCACACUAACUUUGGUGUGUGUAUACCUAGAUUGGCAUCAAUGUAAUCCAGUUCAGACCAUUUUUAAUGUGCUACUUAAUGAAAAUGAAUCUGUAUCUCUUUUAGAUGUUCUAAUAUCAGAUAUAUAUUUGAUGCAAAACUUUAAUUUCAGUAAAAUAAAAGCUCUAUACUCAUAAA